GACAACUCAAGACAGACCAUGGCUUCAUCAGAGAACGUGCGUGUCAUCCUCCGAGUUCGCCCUCAGACGUCCAAGGAAGCAGAAAGAGGGGAAGACGAAGUGAUCCGCUGCAUAUCGGAUCAGUCGAUCCAGGUUUACGACCCCACACAAGUGAGAGGAGGACGGGCCAGCACGGCCCUUGCGUACCAGUUCGAGCAAUGCUUCGGUCCCACGUGCAUGCAGGACGAGCUCUUCUCCCGCUGCGGGGUCAAGACUCUACUCGACCACGUCCUCGAUGGGUACUCGGCUACAGUGAUCGCCUACGGGCCGACGGGGUCGGGGAAGACCUUCUCCAUCGCAGGCAAGCCGGACAGCAUCGUGAGGAACGGGACGGGGGACGGGACGGACGGGCUGGUGAUCAGGAGCAUUGAGAGCUUGUUCGACAAGAUCAGGGAGCGGCAGCGGGACGGGCUGCAGUUCAAGGUCAGGACGAGCUGCGUGGAGAUACAUAACGACGCUGUCAUCGACCUCCUACGGUCGUCGAGGAAGCAGAAGGGGUGCGAGACGCUGCCGGUGAAGUUCGACACGGCCAGGGGGUCGUUCUUUGUCCAGGACCUCUCGUACGGCAAGUGCCCGUCCGAGGAAGAGAUCCUGCGGCUGUACAUGAAAUCGCUGAGAAACCGCAGCGUUGCUGCCCACGAGAUGAACCGAGACUCGUCUCGUUCCCAUGCUCUCUUCACCGUCUAUGUUGACUCCAUGGUGAGGCAAGACUCUGGUCACAUUGUGACCAGGCACGGCAAGAUGACGUUCGUGGAUCUGGCGGGGAGUGAGAGGCGAGAUUCCAAGUCGGAAGGCUCAACUCUGAGGGAGACAGGAAGUAUCAAUCGCUCUCUCUUCACCUUGGGGAAAGUUAUCUCCUCUCUAUGCGAUCGCAAGAAGGUCAAAGUUCCCUUCCGAGACUCGAAGCUCACGCAGCUGCUCAUGGACUCCAUCGGAGGAAGCAGCAUGACUCUGAUGAUUGCCUGCGUCUCUCCCUCCUCCGGCCACAUCAACGAGAGCAUGCGAACGCUGGACUAUGCCAACAAGGCGAGCAACGAUGAUCCCUUCUUCGCAAAGAACAUCAAAAACAAGCCAGUAGUAUUGCUUGACCCUGAGCAGAACAUGGUGGAAGCACUCAAGAAAGAGAUUGAAGCUUUGAGAGCAGGUGAAUUGAACCAUCCCCUGUACCCCCUUUCUUUGCUCUGCUCUGCUCUGCUCUGCUCUGCUCUGCUCUGCUCUGCUCUGCUCUGCUCUGCUCUGCUCUGCUCUGCUCUGCUCUGCUCCGCUCUGCUCUGCUCCGCUCUGCUCCGCUCCUCUCCUCGCGUCCCUUCUCCUGUCCUGUUCUGUCCUGUCUUCUCUCUCUCACACAUCCAUCAGAGAACAGAGCUCUCAAGAAUGCUUUGA